CUUUCUCCCUUCUUCCCUUCUCCGGACCCAACCCACCUCACUCAUUGCAAGCAUGUCCUUCCUCCGCACCGCCGCCUCGCGCUCCCUGCGCACGGCGCUCCCCCGCGCCGCUGUGCCCCGCGUGGCUGCGCCGCGCGUCGCCACGGCCAGCAACUCGUUCGUCACCUGGGCGCCCACGAGCGAGCCCAAGGUGUCGGCCGUGCAGCAGAACCCCGGCCCGCCGCCGCCGCCGGAGAACAUCGGUGUCGACGCCGUCCUGCGCCAGAACCCCAACGACCCCGAGGCACACACCACCACCAUCUUCUCCGAGUUCUCCCUCGCCGGCAAGACGGCCGUCGUGACGGGCGGCAACGGUGGUCUUGGCCUUGAGAUGGCUCUUGCUUUCGUCGAGGCCGGUGCCCACGUGUACGCCAUCGACGUGCCCGAGAUGCCCGGAGAGGAGUUCAAGAUUGUCGCCGAGCACUGCCGCAUCAUGAGCCGCGACCUCAAGUACAUCUCAGCCUCCGUCACCGACGACAAGGAGAUCAACGACGUGAUGGAGUUCAUCGUGGGCGACUCGGGCACUGGCACGCUUGACAUCUGCGUGGCUGCCGCCGGUAUUCUCGGCACGCACGACGCCCUCGUCUACCCCGUCGAGGACUUCAAGAAGAUCUUCGACGUCAACACCACCGGCGUGUUCCUGACGGCCCGUGCCGCGGCGCGCCAGAUGUACAAGCAGAAGGAGGUCAAGGGCAGCAUCAUCCUCAUCGCCUCCAUGUCCGGCUCCAUCGUCAACCGCGACCACCACUGGGUGGCGUACAACGCGUCGAAGAGCGCCGUGCUGCAGAUGGGCCGCAACCUGGCGGCCGAGUGGGGCCCGCACGACAUUCGCGUCAACUGCAUCUCGCCCGGCCACAUCCGCACGCGCAUGACCUCGGUGUACCUCGACGAGAACCCGCACCUGCUCGCCAAGUGGAGCGGCAGCAACCCGCUCGGCCGCAUCGGCCGCUCGGCUGAGAUGCGUGGCGUGGCCGUCUGGCUCGCCAGCCCGGCGUCGAGCUUCUGCAACGGCUCCGACGUCAUCGUCUCGGGCGGCCACCAGAUUUGGUAAAUCAUCCACCGAGCCACCCCUCGGUGCUGCUGUGCCUCUUCCUGGAUCCCGCGCUGCGUCACCCUCUUGCUUCCUCUUUCCGAAUCUACCCUGUCCCUCUCUUCACCCACGAUGACCUCUUUCCCAUGGCCGCAAUACAUCUCUCACGAAC